AUGCCUACAGGACCCAUCUUUUUCAUGGGAGGAGGAGGAACGGGGAAGACUACCCUCUUGAACAUGUACACAAAGCAACGAAGCAGGGAAUUAGGCGUCAUCACGGAAGUUGCCAGGUCAGUGAUGAGAGAGAAGCAAAUCCUUCAAGUGGACCUCAGCCGUGACGAUGUGUUUUGGGAUCUUCAGAUCCAGAUUGCACAGCAGCAAAUAGAGCAGGAGCGAACUCUGGAAACCUCGAUUGUCUCCAACUACAUCUCUGAUCGCUGUGUCCUCGACGCUCUCGCCUACGCAACACUCCGCUUCCCUGAUUCGUUUCCUCCUUUAGGAUCAGUGCCAAUGACACAAAGUGGUCAAGCAGCGCUCGUAAAGCCGCUUCUGGGCUCGUCCGAAGUUGCGGCAGAAGUCCUGAAACGCUACAGAGGAGCUCUGAUGGUCCUUGUGCGCCCUUUCGAUUCAAACGAUGCCUGUGAUGACGGGGUUCGCUUGGUCAUGUCCCGGAAAGAGCUCGACCAGUACACCGCUCGUUGUCGCGUUUUGCUUGACGCUCUCGAAAUCCCUUUCGUUCAGGUUGGAAAGGGGAAGCCAAAUGAACGGUUACGCUUUUUGGAGCAGUGCGUGGAACGAUUCCAAAGUGCUAUUUCAAGUUAA